AUGGCAAGCAAAAAUACAUCACCUAGUAUUAUGAUAGGUGAAACACGAACUAGUAGUAGCAGUGGAAAUAAACGUUUUGGUGGAUUACGAAAUAUACCAAAAUCAUGGCUUAUUGCUGCUAUUAUUUUUUAUUGUGCAUCAGUUAUUACUGUUGGUUUACUUGCUGGUCUUCUACCACGACGAACACAACAUAUUACUAUUCUUGCAACACCAACACAAUCAGUAACAACUACUACACCUUCAAUAAUAACACCAACUGCAACAACAACAACAACAUUAACAUCAACACAUGAACCAUCAAUAUGUAUCGAAGAUGAGUGUAAUCCACGUUUAUCAAAUGAUUUAAUUGUUCAUAAUUAUACAUUACAAUAUUUCUAUAAUGAUACAACACAAACACAUGUUCAAGGACUAGUAAUAAUUGAAUUUACAUUAAAACAACCUAUGAAACAAAUUAUUUAUCAUUCAAAACGAAUGAUUGAACUUGAAGAACCAGUACUUUAUGAAAAUGAUAUUUAUCAAUUUGUAUCAACGAGAAAAUAUAUUCCUCAUGAUUAUAUAAGUUUACGUCUUAUGGCAAACGCAUCAUUUCCAAGUAAUCGAUAUAAAUUAGUACAAAAAUUUGUUGUUAGUUUAACUGAUGGUAAUACGGGAUUCUAUCAAAGUAUAUUUCAAGAUGGAGAUGAAACAAUGGGAAAAUUAUUAUCAACAAAAUUUGAACCAACAGAUGCUCGAAAAGCAUUUCCUUGUUUCGAUGAACCACAUUUAAAAGCUGAAUUUAUUAUAAAUAUCAUCCAUCCAGAGAAUACAAUUGCCAUAGCUAAUUUUCCAAUAGAUGCAGAAGCACUGGUAGAUGGUUUACGUCAGACAAGUUUUGAACGAACAUUUCGAAUGAGUACAUACCUUGCAGCUUGGGCUAUUCUGCCUGAUACAUAUAAAGGAUUAAGUGAUAAUGAUGAUGAACCACAGUUAACAAUAUGGGCUCGUCGAGAACCAACUGUAAAAAAUCAUACAGCACUUGCGUUAAAAAUAGCAACUGGAGCUAUUCCAUUUUUUAUAGAGUAUUUCGAUACAGCAGUACCAAUGCCGCCUAAAACCGAUUUUUUGGCUGUACCGGAUUUUUCAUCAGGUGCUAUGGAAAAUUGGGGUCUUAUUACAUUUCGUGAAGAUCGUUUGAUAUUUGAUGAAAAAGUCGUUUCAACUACACAAAAACAUCUACUUGCUGAAACAAUCGUUCAUGAACUUGCUCAUUUUUGGUUUGGAAAUUAUGUAACAUGUAAAUGGUGGGAUGAUUUAUGGUUAAAUGAAGCUAUGGCUACGUGGCUUUCUUAUAAGCCAUUUACAGUUACUGAUCCUGAUUGGAAGAUGGUAAGAAAUAUGUUAUUGAAU